UACAGCCCUUGUUUUUAUGAAUAUUCUUGAUGACGACAAUGCUUAUAAAAGCAGAAGUUCAUCAGCAGCAGAAAUAAACAAAGCAUAAAUUGAUCUGGAGUGGAGUGAUUUUGGCGAAGAGAAGACUAUGGCUAAAAUUGUUUGCUUUAGUUAUGCCUUUCUUUUCAUCCUCGCCAUGGCUUCUGUGAUCCAUGUUGUUUCGGCUGGUGGGGAAGGUUCACUUCGUCCGGAAGAAUGCGCAAAUGCAUGUGACUAUCGUUGCUCGAAGACUCAAUACAGGAAACCAUGUUUGUUCUUCUGCAACAAGUGUUGCAACAAAUGUUUGUGUGUCCCAUCAGGAUUCUAUGGUCACAAGGAAGAAUGUCCAUGCUAUAACAACUGGAAAACCCAGGAAGGAAAACCCAAGUGCCCUUAAUUUAAUUAAGAUCCUUCAUACGUACGUACUUGGAUGUCAAGUUAGAGAAUCAAUAAAUCUCCCUUGAUUACGGAUCCUAUAAUCAUGGAUGAUCAUGAGAAU